UGCAGCUAGUGUUCAAUUCCUUUGAAAUGUGAUUUGGAAAUAUAUCUUCUAUUUUCAAUUGCGUAUAUUAUAUUUGCGUAUUUUGUAUGCGAUAGAUAGAAACUAAGAUGGCGGGAAAUGGUGAUGAGGAAACUGAGUUUUUGAUGGAACAAGUUAAAAAAUUAGAGUUGAUGGAGAAAAGAACGAAGGAGCUGGUUGAGCAGAGGAAGCUGGAGAGACAGUGCCUGGAAAUGGAGUGUCUUAAGAUGGAGAGACAGAAGAAAUAUCUUCUUGCUAUGCUUAGGGAGAAUGAGGAUGCUGAGGAGCAGGAUAGGUUGGAACAGGAAGCAAAGAAACCAUUUCAUGGCGCAGGAAAUAUUCUAGGAGCUCCCUCUCCAGUACAAAGAGUUGAAUCUGUGCAGCCUGUUAGAAACAUGGUUAAACCGAUAGAAAUUGACGAAUCCAAGCCUAAAGGAAAUAUACAGGUGAGAUUAGGUGACGGUGGACGGUUGGUUCUCACACUAAAUCUUACUCAUACUAUAAGUUUGCCUUGGGCCCGAAAUCGCAAUGUUUUGGCACCGUUUAAACAAAGGCCAGAAUUAAAUGAAUAUGCAAGUAAGAUAUUCCUGCUUGACUCUCCCUGAUUGGUUUGCUCUAUAACUAGAACAUUGGCCAACCUAACAAUAUUUUGCUCAAACCUCCAUGUUUUGCUCCUUUACUCAAACCACGACAUGGGCCGCUAAAAUCUCCAUGUUUUGCUUCUUGACUUAAACCACUGCAUCAGCCGCCUAAAUUUCCAUGUUUUGCUCCUUGACUUAAACCACUGCAUGACCGCCCAAACCUCCAUGUUUUGCUCCUUUACUCAAACCACGACAUGGGCCGCUAAAAUCUCCAUGUUUUGCUCCUUGACUUAAACCACUGCAUCAGCCGCCUAAACUUCCAUGUUUUGCUCUUUGACAUAAACCACUGCAUCAGCCGCCUAAAUUUCCAUGUUUUGCUCCUUGACUUAAACCACUGCAUGACCGCCCAAACCUCCAGGUUUUUCUCCUUUACCCAAACCACGACAUGGGCCUCUAAAAUCUCCAUGUUUUUCUCCUUGACUCGAACCACGGCAUAGGCCACCCAAACCUCCUUGUUUUGCUUCAAUUGACACUAACAAUGGCAUGGGCCGCCAAAACAUCCAUGUUUUCCUCCUUGAGAGGUUAAAGUUUACACGUAUAUAUAUAUAUAUAUAUUAUAUAGUGUCCUCUGUUAACCAACCAAACUGGAAAUACAGGGUACGCUGGCAAACACGAGACAAGGGAUUUCACUACAAGAGUAUUUAUUGUUCUUUCUUCUUAUGUGACUUGAUUCCUAACAUAUGGUUAUUGCCGGAUUUUGAGCUAAAUAUACAAUAUAAAUGGUGCGUUGGUAUUUGCAAACCAGAUUGAAACCUCUUUAAAAUUUACAAAGAAAAUGAAAACAAAUUUUU